UGAGUUUUGGUUCCGGAGUAACAGCAUUCUAGCAGCCUUCUUCCUCCUCGCGCAGCCACCUCCGGCCGCAGGGACGCGGGCCUUCGUCGGCUGAGCCCGCACGCCCAGCACCCUCCGGUUCCGGCUGCGGCCCGGGACCCGCCUCGUGACCUCGCGGUCCUGGGCUCUCCGGUCUGGUAGCGGGCAGGCGGCAUCGGUGCUCCUCCGUAACAGCCCCGACCCAGCCCGCGGCGCCCAGACACCCUCCCCUUGCCCACCCAGGAUUGCAGGACAUUGGCUGAUGCACUUCCCCUAAACCAGGCCAUUGCUGUGCUGUCUCCCCUUACGUACACGGACUUCAAAAAUGCUUAUCGGAUCUGUUUUGUCCACUUUUGUAACUCCAGGACCUUCCACUCUCUGCUAAUACCUUUUGACCCGUACCUUUUCCCCAGUGUAUCUUCUCUGAGAGACACUCAAACUCCAUACGACCCGGGCCUGGUUCAGGGCCUGUGAGCUCCCUCCUGAUCGUUCCUCUUCACCUCUCCCACCAUCCUACUCCCUGUUUUUAUCUCCUAUCUUGUGUUCCUCGUUCCCCUUGUCACUUCUUGGGGCUCCUCCUAAGCAGGGGCCAGUCGGUACCCCUCGCCCCAGGAUGUGAGACCCUUUAACUUGUAAUGCUGUGGCUGGCCCUUGGCCCCUUCCCUGCUAUGGAGAACCAAGUGCUGGUGAUUCGGAUCAAGAUUCCAAAUAGUGGCGCGGUGGACUGGACCGUGCACUCCGGGCCGCAGUUACUCUUCAGGGAUGUGCUGGAUGUGAUAGGCCAGGUCCUGCCUGAAGCAACGACGACAGCGUUUGAAUAUGAAGAUGAAGAUGGUGAUAGGAUUACAGUGAGAAGUGAUGAAGAAAUGAAGGCAAUGCUGUCAUACUAUUAUUCCACAGUAAUGGAACAGCAAGUAAAUGGCCAGCUAAUAGAGCCGCUGCAGAUAUUUCCAAGAGCCUGCAAGCCUCCUGGGGAACGGAACAUACAUGGCCUGAAGGUGAAUACGCGGGCUGGACCAUCUCAACAUGCCAGCCCUGUGGUCUCAGAUUCCCUUCCAAGCAAUAGCUUGAAGAAGUCCUCGGCUGAACUGAAGAAGAUCCUGGCCAAUGGCCAGAUGAAUGAACAAGACAUACGGUAUCGAGACACCCUUGGCCAUGGCAACGGAGGCACAGUCUACAAAGCAUAUCAUGUCCCAAGUGGGAAAAUUUUAGCUGUAAAGGUUAUUCUGUUAGACAUUACACUGGAGCUGCAGAAGCAGAUCAUGUCUGAGUUGGAAAUUCUUUAUAAGUGUGACUCAUCAUAUAUCAUAGGAUUUUAUGGGGCAUUUUUUGUAGAAAACAGGAUUUCAAUUUGUACAGAAUUCAUGGAUGGGGGAUCUUUGGAUGUAUAUAGGAAAAUUCCAGAGCAUGUCCUCGGGAGAAUUGCAGUGGCAGUUGUAAAAGGCCUUACCUAUUUGUGGAGUUUAAAGAUUUUACACAGAGAUGUGAAGCCCUCGAACAUGCUUGUAAACACAGGCGGACAGGUCAAGCUGUGUGACUUCGGCGUUAGCACGCAGCUGGUGAAUUCUAUAGCCAAGACGUAUGUUGGAACAAAUGCUUAUAUGGCACCAGAAAGAAUUUCAGGAGAGCAGUAUGGAAUCCACUCUGACGUGUGGAGCUUAGGAAUCUCUUUCAUGGAGCUUGCUCUUGGGAGGUUUCCAUAUCCUCAGAUUCAGAAAAACCAGGGAUCUUUAAUGCCUCUCCAGCUUCUGCAGUGCAUUGUUGAUGAGGAUUCACCAGUCCUUCCGCUUGGAGAGUUCUCGGAGCCGUUCGUACAUUUCAUCACUCAGUGCUAAAAUAAAUGCAAGUCAUGAAGAUGUGGAAGGAGCCGUCUGUGGUCUUGUGGCGUCUUCCAACCUUUUGCUUGCCGCUCAUCAUUGAGCACCAGAACCAAAGGGUAUUUUUCUCAUGUGACUUGACUGUCACCUUUCCUUUAUCCCUCUGAUCCCAGUGGCCAAAAUAGAGCUCCAUUCCCCGAAUUUAAGGUUGAAAUAAGGUGGCAGCUGAGUCAGAAAGAGAAUAUCGCUGUUCUUUCCACAGUGAUUUCAAAACUAGAACUACAGGACUAGAGGGAGGGCCCAGUGACUGAGAGCACUGUAGCUCUUUCAGAGGACCUGAGUUGGGUUCCCAGCACUCACAUGGUUCCCAACCACCUGUAACUCCAAUUCCAAGGGCUCUCAUACCUUUCCUGACCUCUGUGGGCUCCAUGCAUGCACGAGCCACAUACAUACAUGCAGGUAAAUACACACAUAAAAUAAAUAAAUCUUUUAAAAUAGAAUUGCGAUAACUUAUCUUUAUUUCAACACUAACUUUAAUUAAAGAAUUCCCAUUCCCAGUGUCUCCAGAAGUCUGACUCAAGGCCCGCAUAAGAUCGGGAAUGUGUGUUAGUACUUUGGACAAGCAUUGAGCUGGUGGAUUUUGCUGUUGGCUUUCUGCCAGCUUAGUGGCCACACCAGCAUCUACUGAUGGCUUGGCUCUGCCAUGGCCACCAAAUGUAGGUUUUAACUAAGUCUCUAUCGCUCUAUUUACCAGUAAAGACUCGGGAGUCAGAUGUUGGGGUGAAAACCUUCUAGAUCAGAGAAGCUGAGACACAAUCAGCUGACCAUCUUUUUCGGCCAGAGAUCCAGCAAGAGAAGCAUCUCUCCACUCUUCCAAACCAAAAAGACCACUGAAUCUCAAAGUUCCUCCUUACUCCUUCCUGUCCGUCUCUCUAUCUGUAUCCCUGGCUCCUCCAACCUCUCUAUGGCUAAUUCCUGUCAACUAGUCACUGGCUCCAACCCCUAAACCAAGGUUAAUUUUAUUGACACAGUCUUGGAGUUUCACAGUGUGAUCAAAUAGCCCGCAACAUUUUGCAAAAAUCCCAAUUCCAGCAGAAACAGAGUGGAAAUUAACAGCAAAAAAAAUAAUUACAAAUAUGAAUGAGAGUCUUUUGUC